UAAUCUAAUCCAAUGCAGCUUUUAGUGAUAUCAAUAGAGUCGAGUAGCAAAAUUUUUCAGCGACUAUAAAAUGAAGCGUCGGAGUUGACGAAAGUUCAGUAGAAUUUUGGAAAAUGAAGGCUGUCCUAGCUCUGUUACUUAUUCAGAUCGCGUGUGUUCUAAGCACACCAGUCGAUGAAGGCCAAAUUGAACCAUUGUUUGAUGCGUACCGUGAUACGAGACUCUUGUUGAUAACAAGACAGAACCUCAACAAUCCGAUACAAGUUCUGUUCCGCAAUGCAGACUCAAUUCGCAACAGUCCUUAUAAUCCCAAUCGUCCAACUAGAGUUCUCAUUCACGGAUUUUUGGAAGACGAUUCAGCCGACAUUAAGGUGGAGACUGCUGCUGAAUUACUAAGAUACUACGAUUUCAACGUAUUGUUCAUUGACUGGUCCGAAGGCUCAAGAACAAUCAAUUACUUCGCUGCUGCCGGACGUGUCCCUACCGUCGGUUCAUUCACGGCUUCAUACCUAGACUUUUUGCAUGAAAUUCAAUUUCUGGACUUCAACCGUCUGUCAGUUAUUGGAUUCAGUCUUGGUGCGCACAUUGCCGGACACGUUGGCAAGAAUGUUCGGCGUGGAAGAAUACAACAUAUUAUUGGAUUGGACCCGGCCGGACCUUUAUUCAGCGUGCGUAGUCCGGAAGGUCGUAUUGAUGCUGGUGAUGGCGUUUAUGUCGAGUGUAUUCACACCAACGGUCCAACUUUAGCGAUCAUCGGACUUGGUAUUGGAGCCGCUAUCUGUGACGCAGAUUAUUUCCCUAACGGCGGCCAAAGCCAGCCAGGAUGCUUGUUGAACACCUGUUCACAUUCACGUGCCGUCGAUUUCUAUGUCGAAUCCAUUGCAAAUAACCGUUUCCACGCUUUGGGAUGUCCCGAUCCAAACGACGUUAGCUCUAGACGUUGCCUAAUUUAUCCUGGUGAAUGGAUGGGUGGUGAUAAUUUGAACUUCAACAAAUCUGGACGAGGAUCAUUCUACUUGGAAACAAAUAGAAGCUCACCAUUUGCUCGCGGAACUACAAGACCACAAUGAGUGUGACAUGUUCUUUUCUGAAUAGCAAUCAUGAAUGCAAAUAAAUCUACGACCUAGUAAUCCUAAGCUCAUCU